AUGCUUCGCCAUCUCUGUGCUUGCGUCGCCGGCCCAGGCCCGCAUGUUGAAGAGGUGAUCGCGGCCCUCAUGCGCUCAGCGGGCAGCCCUGGAAGGGCUUGUGGCGCAGGGGAGCUAUCUCAAGAGCAAAGCCAAGCACUAAGGUCACUGCUACAAGCCAAGGGCGUUCCGGAAGCGAACCUUUGGGAUAGAAUUCAGGCGGCCAUUGCUAAAAUUGGAGCGGGGACCAUCGCGCAAGCACUUGCGCACAAGAAUCCCUGGGUGCAGCUCAAGGCAAUUGCCACUCGGCCUGGAACAUCCUUUCGUUGGGUGCUUGCUGAGGAACUCGAGGUGCACAUCGCUGCAAAGGCCAACAGCAAGUUUGGCUCUGCCGUUCCUGAGGGAAAGUCUAAGAAAAAGCGUCCCAACAAUGCCAGGCAGUCUCCAGCCCUACACAUUGACCCGGUCAAGCUUUUGAUUUCGCCUAAAUCUUUUGUGGAUGGGGACGGAAAUGCCCUGCAACAGAUCGCCUUCCAAGAGGUAGGAGUUCAAUCCUCAGGAGUUGCGUUUUGUAGCGCGAGCCAGGCGGCACCAUUCCUUGAAUCAGGGCGCUCUUUGAGUGUUGAUGCCUUGGGGUUGGUCUGUGUCAGCGUCCUCUCCCCGGAACAAUGUGGCCUUGCAAAGGUUUCUGCCAUACAAUUCCCUGCAGUGUACGCCCCUACUGAGGAAGCCGUUUUGAUCAGAGGAUCUCUCAUACAGUUGGGGGACGAGGUUGUGCAACUUCAGCAGAGUCAAAUCGCAGAAGCAGAUGAGCUCGAGACAGUCACCUGCAGAUUUUCUGUGUUUCGAGAUGAGGCCUCCCUUGAUUGGUCUGCCUUCAUUGCUGCACCGGUGCGGGUGCUUGUGUCAGGCAAUCCGGGGCUCUUGCUCUGUAAAGAGGCCUCUUGCAACCAGCAAUGCGGCAGAUUCCACGCUUCAGUAGAGGAAGCUGACUGCAUUGAUAGGCUCAUCUUGGAUCUUUGGGGACGCCAAUGGCUUAAGUUGGAGGGUGGCCGCACCACCCCAGCAGAUGCGCAGGUCUUCGCCUGCCUUGUUCGAGUGCCUGCCUCUGCAUUGAAACACUUGCAUCAGCUUCUCAUCAGGGGGUUUUAUGCAGAGCCCCGUGCCCAGGGCGGAUCCGCCCCACAUCCGGGAUUUGCAGUCAUCUGGCUGCGAGAAGCGGAUUACCCUCGUGCCUUGCACAUCCUUCGCACAAACUCCCAGGCGCUCGCUCUUACUAGGCUGGGGCGUAGAUACGGUAUUAGAUGCCGUGAGGCUGACGAGCAGGCUGUUUUCCAAGCUGUACGCCCAGGAUGCGAGUUCCGGAAGAUAAAGGUGGUGGCACACUACCGCUUGCAUCCACUUCCUUUUGGAUGCCAGCGCAAGCAUUUGCAAACCCUGCUCAAGACAUGGGCUUGGGACGCAAAGUACGUCCUGGGUGCUGCUGAGCAAGGCACGUUUGUGCUAGCGCAGAAGGUUCGUGACACGUCUGCUCCAGCUCCGCCCGCGAGCAUCACCGCCUCAGGGCGAACUAAACGCCAGAUCCUUUAUGAUGAUGGUGAAGAGGGGCCUCCUCACUCCGGUCAGGACCCAUGGACUGGAGGGCGUGACCCUUGGUCACUCGCACGGCCCCCGCCUGGCCUGCCUUGCCCGCCAGCGGCUUCAAGCACAGCAUCUCAGGCGAAGAUCUCCCAGCUGCGUGAUGAGCUGUCACAAGGCAUGCAAGAUCUAGCGCAGAAGCAUUUGCAAGCCUCAGGCGAGGAUGCCACCAAGAAAGCACAGGAUUCUGACACGCGUCUGUCCCGUCUUGAGUCUGGCUUCCAGGAGCUUAAGGCACAGGGUGAGAAAUUUGAGGGGUGGUUCCAGAGUUUUGGGCAGAAGGUUUCUGCUUCGCAAGGCCAAAUUGAUACGCUACAGCAGUCGGUUCAGGCGCAGGCCAAUGACGUGGCACAAAUCCGCACUGAAGUCCAGCGUCAGGCUGAUUCCCUCCCUGCCUCAGUCCAGGCUGCGGCUGGCUCCCUCUCGGCCGAGCUAACAGCUCAAAUGCAACAUCAAUUUCAGCAGCAGAGUUUACGAGGCAAGGUGCCACAUGCGCUGGAGUUGGAACAAGGGGUACACUGCUUCAGUGAGACGCAGCUCUCCUCCAUCACACUUCCGCAGACUAUUUCCCAGUUUCGUGUCUUGGGCAAGCAACAAGGCCGCAAUGUUCGGGCAGUCGCGGGGGCUGCAGCUCCGCUCCGGGCCCAUAGUGAAUGGGCAGGCAGUUGGUCAGGUGUUCUGAUUGCUGCUGAUUGGCCGACUCAUUCUGCGCAGAUGCCCUGGCCUAAUGGUAUCUAUGAGACGGCUCGAGUGCAACUUGCCCAAAUUUUAAUCGAGAGUUUCCCCCUUCUGGUAGCCAAUGUCUAUGGCUAUAGCCGCGGCCACCCAAGAGCGGAGGCAGCCACAGAUGCGCUUUUAGAGCCAAUCACAAGAGAAGUGGUCUUUGGCAGACUCGGCCCUCGAGUAAUCUGCGGAGACCUGAACGCAGACGAAGACAGCCUUCUUCAGACAAGAGUGUGGAGACAGCAAGGCUGGAUUGAACUACAGGAGCUGUUAUGGCAGCGAUGGGGGGUCAUGCCCUCUCCGACAUGCAAGGAUGCCACAAGGCGCGACUUUCUUUAUCUGUCACCUGAACUUGCUGCAGUUUGCACUGGCGGAGCAGUCAACCAUACUUUCCAGGAACAUGCCACUAUCUCUGCAAAAAUAGGAAUUGCUUCCAACGCUGGUGCCGUCCGUUUCUGGCCACGUCCGGCUGAGAUACCUUGGAAUGGCGUUGCAUUGGACGGCCUUCAGGGGCAAACACACAUCGAUGCGCCUCCACUUCUGAACACCACUGCCAGGCUUCAGAGGCACGCGCAUCUUUUUGAGCAGAGUUUGAAUGGACAUGUGAAUUGCCCUGGGCGCCAACUGCCGUCUGCUUGUUUUGGGCGAGCAAGGAUUCUGGAACCGGUGCCCAAGGACUUGUCUGUCCCUACUGUGCGAAAGAGCCGGUCAGGCGAUGAAUGCAUGCAGAGUGAUUUGUUGUCCUUGGAAGUACGCCGCUGGUUCAAACAGUUACGGCGCCUCCAAUCUUUGCGACAGUCACUGCAGAAUGCCAGGUAUGACCUCAACGCUCUUGAGUACAGGGGUACCCUCUGGCAUAGCAUCCUCAAGGCUACUGGUUUUCAUCAAGGCUUCUGUGACUGGUGGCUUCGCCGUCCUAUCCAACAUGUCGGAAGCCCAGCCACACUCCCUGAGUAUGUUCCAGACCCGGACACGGCGUCUCGUAUUUUCUUGGACUUUCGGGACAAUUAUCGUCGCUUUGAAGGCUGGCAUGUUGGCCAGCGAAACAAGAUCCUGACUGCCCGCCACGAUGCGUCCAAAAGGCGCCUGUUUCAGGACCUCCAAGACCCUGCCGGCAGGCCGGUCGACUUCCUUGUCUGCAACAAUGAAUACACCAUUCUUGCGACUGAUUCGCAGGAAAGGUUGCUCCAUGUAGAAGGACCACUGGACCUCACGGGAAACUCUGAAUGGCGAAUUGAUGGUCAGAUCGUCAGUGUUGAAGCCGUGUCGCCGGAAGUUUGCAGGAUCGGAGGCUCUCUUCCUCUUCCGACCGAUGGUGAGCUAGAGCAGCUCCAGUAUGUUUCCUCUCCUUCGGAGGUACAUGCAGAAUUUGUCAAAUUUUGGACUCAACGUUGGAACAAGCCCAGCUCUGCGGAGCAAUGGGACCGCAUACUUGCUUUUGCCCAAGCCUUCCUGCCGAGCCGGCCGCUCUCUCUUCCUGUCAUCUCCCCCACAGCAUGGAUUGCCGCUCUCCGCAGGUUUCGACCGAGAUCUGCGCGUGGCCCGGACGGUUAUGCCCGUGAUGAUCUCCUACAUAUGCCGAUGCCUCGCAUCGCCGAACUCUUGCAACUGCUUGCGGAGGUCGAAAAUGGGGAUGCCCGCGAGCUCUCGGGAUACGGGGCAGAUCUAGUACAAGCUUUCAACAACUUGCCUCGGCUGCCCCUUUUCAAGGCAGCAGCGAUCCUUGGACUUCCGGAUCGUGCAGUCAGUGCCCCGGUCUCAUCCACUUGCGGGUUUGCGGAAGGCUGCCCUCUCAGCACAGUGGCUAUGAGCAUCUGCAGCUUUGUUUACCAUGAAUACAUGCGUGCCUUUGCUCCUUCCGUGGAGUCACUAAGCUACGUGGACAACUUGCGAGGCCUUGGCAAGGGAGCUUAUGAUGUGGCGGUCGGUCUGAACACCACCAAGUGCCUCUGUGAUGCUCUUUUUCUGGAGCUUGAUGCAUCCAAAACCUAUGCCUGGUCCACUAGCAGUUCUCAGCGUCGCAUUCUUCGCGCAAUGAAUUUGCCAGUCCUCGACUCCUGCCGUGAGCUUGGUGGAAUCAUUUCUUUCAGCUCUGCUACGCGCAACCGUCCUAUGGUUGAUCGCUGCAAACAGUUGGAGCCUACCUGCGCGGCAUUGCGUAGGUUCUUGCAGCUGUGGGUUGACUUCAUGCAGCGCUUCGAUGGACGGCUUUUUCAUGGCCCCUUCUCGAAGUUGCUAACAGUCCUUAAUGGCAUAGGGUGGAGGGUUGGCACACCUCCCAUCAUUGUUGACGAGGAGGACCUGGCACACGACCUGCUGUCCGUCCCUCUUCCGGCAUUGCGUAGCAUGGCAGAGCGUGCUUGGCUGAGAUACGUCGCGCAUGAGCAUCAACACCGUGGCAGCAUGGCCGGGCUUGAUGGCAUUGAUGUUGCCUUGGCAAGACUUGACGGCGGAUACAAAGGAGCACAGGAUGCUUCACUGUCCACGCUUCGACCAGGCACGUGCUGGGUACGAGUCCAGCACGUCACCUCGCACCUUGACCCAGCACUCUGUGAGACGGCCUUUGAGGAGUGGGUUGCACGCUGGAACAAUUACGUGGACACGGUAGCGACCGUGGUGAACGUUAACCGGACUUGGACGUUUCAGCGUACUUUUCAACGUGCUCUGCUUUAUGCGGAGGACACUGCCUCCCUCUUGCGCUCGCUUCGACACGUGUAUCUUCGAAUCGCAGAUCUUGCAGAGACUUCAUCGCGACACAGGAGUGAGGCGCUCUUUGAAGAAGACGUUGUCUACCCCGAGAGGAAGCCAUGGCAGAUAGGCUCCCGUUGA